AAAAGAGACUCCUCCACAACCACAAUGUUACAACCGCGAAUAUCUCCCCAAUUCCGCCCAAUUCUCCUUAACUUCCCCAAAAUCUGCACCCGAUGCCAUCAACGCCCCCUCCGCUAUCCAGCCCGCACUCGCACUUUCACUUCCACCACGGCCUUUCUCGCCGCCUCCCCAGAUGACGAACCCGAAUACAUCCCCAAACCCCUCGGCCGUCCGAUCGGCUUUAAGAAGCGUCCUACCAGUGGUAUUUUCAUCUUCCCCUCUAGUCCUCCACAAUCCGCUUCCACCCCCCAAACUCCUCCCAAACCCUCGCCCACCACUUGGAAAGAAUCCUUCAAACAGCGCAACCUCGCCAAACGCGAAGGCCUCAAGGAGGAGUGGUCAAAAUCUUAUUUCCAAGACUUCAAAAACAUCACAAAAUACCGAUCCGGCAAAACGUUUAUGGCGAACAAGCAGAUAUUCCGCCGAGAUGUGAGUCUGUAUUUUCCAAAUUUCACAGGCGAGACGUUGGCGAGUAGGGGGGUGCUAAGGGAUACAACGGAGGUGUUGGAGGGCAGGGUUAGUGUGGUAUGUGUGUUCAGUACGGAUUGGGGGGAGAAGCAAGCGAGGACUUUUACAGGGAAGAGCGAGAACCCGGGAUUGCAUGAGCUGUUAGAAGGGAAUGGGGACGUUGCGCAGAUGGUGGAGGUUAAUAUUGAAGAGAAUCCUGCCAAGGCGUGGAUUUUGAAGAUUGUGCUGUGGAGUCUGAGACGGCAGAAGAGGAAGGAGGAUUGGGGGAGAUAUUUUUUAGUUCGAAAGGGGGUUAGUGAUUAUUUGAGGGAGAAGAUUGGGUUGUUAAAUGGGCGGGUGGGAUAUGUAUAUUUGGUGGAUGAACACUGUAAGAUUCGGUGGGCGGGGAGUGCGAAUGCUGAGGGGACGGAGAAGGAUGAUCUCACGAGAGGAUUCAAGAGGCUGAUUGAGGAUUUCAAGAGAGAGAAUACGUCCCGGCCGAAAGCUAGGGCAGGUGAGGAAAGGGAGCUUGAACCGCAGGCUGUUAGUGCUGGAGCUUCGUAA